AUGGCAUCCGUCACGCCGUCGCUGCGCCAGUUCAGCACGUGUUUGAAAUGCGUGCGACCAGUCUCGUCGGCCAAUGGCACCGCGCGACGCCUCUUUUCAUCCACGACCGCCGUCCGUGAGGAAGUAGUGCAGCAGCAACAGCAGCAGCAGACGCCGACAAGCACGCCACCGCCACCGCCCUCAGAAUCUUCCGCGACCGCUGCUCAGAAUGCGGAUCGCCAGGACACGCCCGAGUACAUGCUGAAGUGGGGCACGCUCGACCCCCAGAUGGUAGAAAACAAGAAGCAGGAGCGGCGGUUGCUGCGAAGAGAACAUGUCCAACCCGUGGGGUCACGCCGUCGUCGUGCGGCCUUACGGCGGACUACUCUCCAGAAGGCUGUCGAGAUUCCGUUUGAGCAGCUGCCGUAUCAGUGUUUUCAGGAGGCCAGGAAGGUGCUACUGCAGGACCGCCAGGAGAAGAUCAAGGAGAUUGAAACGCAGCAGCUGAGAAUCAAGAACCUUGAGCAGCAGGACCCCGCGGUCAGUGGAGGUCCCGCAGCCAAGCAGGCUCGUUUGCGGAGUAUGAAGAAUCAUCUAAACGAGCUUAUCAUUCUCGCCGACAUCAACGACCCUGUCGUGAAGAGGAAGUUUGAGGACGGACAAGGCGACAUGAACAAGCCCAUCUAUCGAUAUCUGGCCGAACAGAAGUGGCGCAAGUACAAGCGUCUGGUGCUUGAGCAGCGCGUCACCCAGUUGGCUAUCAUCCCCGAUCUUUUGCCCACCUUGGACAUAGUAGCAGACGUAGAUUUAGCAUUUGGACGGAAGUCUGUAAGCCCGGGUGACUUCGUUGGCUCGGCCAUCAGCGAGAAGAUGCCUCGCCUCAACGUGCAAACUUUCACCCCUGGAGAGAAAAAGGUCACCGUGGUAGUCGUAGAUGCCGACGUUCCAGUACCCGAGACAGACAGCUUCACCUACAGAUGCCAUUUCAUUGCCUGCAAUAUUCCUCUCUCGCCCACACAGACCUCGAUCCCCUUUCAUUUGAUCGCGCACGAGGACCAGAAAGCCGAAGACGCAGCAGCCAAGAAGAUUGCCUUGCCGUGGAUUGCACCUUGGGCCCACAAGGGUGCGCCCUACCACCGUCUUGCCAUUUUCGUACUUGACCAAAAAGAUGCACAAGCUCUGGACGUCACGAAGGUUAGCCAGUCAAAACGCGACAGGUUCAAUCUUCGCAGCUUCGUUGAUACUCAUAAGCUGAGCCCAAUUACCGCCACGCUCUUCCGCACCAAAUGGGAUGAUAGCAUGGCGGAUGUGAUGCAACGUGCUGGUCUCGCAGACCAGAUUGCAGUGGAGUUCAAGAGGAAGAGAGUGGAGCCAUUACCAUAUAAGCGGCGAACGGAGCGGAUGCGGUAA